AUGAAAAUACACAUAGCAUUAUUUACAAUUUUAUUUAUUAGAAUAUUUGGAGAUAGUGAUGACGAUGUGACAGUAUCAAUCGAUGAUGAAGAAUACGCUGUACCAAUGCCUUGCAGGGAGUUCUGCGAUAAUGGUGUCAGAGAGAAAAGAAUAGCCAAUUCUCCGGUCAAAAGCAAGAUCCUAGAUGUUAUGAUGAAGACCCCGCAAUUGCAUCUGGACCCGGCCGAACCUGACGUCCUGUCGUUUCUCAGGGACAAAUACGAACUUCCAAAAGGUUUCAAAGGACCGUUGGCAGAAUACGAUUUCAUUAUUGUCGGGGCCGGCUCGGCGGGAAGCGUUUUAGCUGCAAGACUCAGCGAAGGUCGACAAGCGUCAGUAUUAUUGCUGGAAGCGGGUCUUGGAGAAUCUUUGAUAACUAGUGUACCUAUACUGGCGCCUCUGCUCCAGCAAACAGAAUACGUGUGGCCCUAUAAAAUGGAGUUUCAACCUGGGAUUUGCGUUGGGAUGACUGAUGAAAGAUGUUUCUGGCCAAGAGGGAAAGCUGUGGGAGGCACGAGCGUCGUCAACUACAUGAUCUAUACCAGAGGAUUUGCCGAAGACUGGAAUAGGAUUGCUGCUGAUGGCAACUACGGAUGGUCGUACAAAGAUGUUAUUCCAUACUACAUGAAGUCGGAACGAGCCUAUCUUAAAGGACUUGCCGAUUCACCUUGGCAUGGUCGCGACGGGGAGCUUAAUGUUGAAUAUGUACCGUUCAAAUCCAAGUUAUCGAAGGCCUUUCUCGACGCCGCCAAAUUAUUUGGCCAUCGUAGAGUCGAUUAUAACAGUCCCGAUGCGUUCGGAUUCAGCUACAUCCAAGCGACUAUGAGUCACGGUCACAGAACCAGCAGUGCGAAAGCCUUUUUACACGACCACAAAAAGAGAAAAAAUCUUCACAUUUUAAAUAGUAGCACCGUCACAAAGAUAUUGAUAGAUCCUUUAUCCAAAACCGCAACGGGUGUUGAGUUUCAUCGCAAUGGAAGGGUGUACCAAAUAAAUGCCAAGAAAGAAGUAAUAUUAUCAGCAGGACCAAUCGAGUCUCCGCAUUUGCUGAUGUUGUCUGGUAUUGGUCCAAAAGACCAUCUCAAUUCCUUUGGGAUACCGGUUAUCCAAGAUUUAAAAGUGGGAGAGUCUCUGUACGAUCACAUUUCGUAUCCUGGUCUUGCUUUUACGAUUAACACUACAAAACUAACGUUGGUGGAGCGUAAAAUAGCAACAAUAGAUAAUGUCUUACAGUUAGAACAAUAUGGAGAUGGACCAAUGUCUUCACUUGCGGGUGUAGAAACUAUAGGUUAUAUCAAAACGAACAUUUCUAAAGAACCAGGAGACUAUCCUGAUAUAGAGUUGUUGGGUUCUUGUGCUUCGCUAGCUUCGGAUGAGGGCGAUGUUGUUGCGAAAGGAAUCCACCUGGCUGAUUGGCUUUAUCAAGACAUUUAUCGACCCAUCGAAAAUGUUGAAAGUUUUACUGUUUUAUUUAUGCUCUUGCACCCAAAAUCAAAAGGUCAUUUAAAGUUACGUUCAACGAAUCCUUUUGACCAUCCCAAGUUGUACGGGAAUUACAUGAUUCAUCCAGAUGACACGGCGACUAUGGUAGAAGCGAUUAAAUACAUUAUAAAGCUGGUCGACACUUCGCCUUUCCACAAAUACGGAGCAAAAUUAUACACAAAGCCUCUCUCGACAUGUAAACAUUAUCAAUUUGGAAGCGAUAAAUAUUGGGAGUGUGCGGUGAGGACAAUCACGUCUACGUUACAUCAUCAGAUUGCAACAUGUAAGAUGGGACCAUCAUCAGAUCCUGAAGCCGUCGUAGAUCCCGAAUUGAAAGUGCACGGCGUAAAUAAUCUUAGAGUUGUCGAUAGUAGCAUUAUACCAAAGCCAAUUUCGGCCCAUACGAAUGCUCCAGCAAUCAUGAUAGGGGAAAAAGCUGCGGCUUUGAUUAAAAAAUCGUGGAAGCUUUUGUGAUUCAGUGUCAGGUUUAACCUCUGAAAGAUUGAUAAAAUGGUGCUGGACACAGAUAAAUAAUAUUAAUCAAAUAUUAAUAUAUCAUCAAUCCAUUUCACGUCUAGUAUUCAAUAUGCUUUUAUUAUACUCGUAAUAGAAUACUUUUAUCAUAUUUGUCACUAAUAUUGCAUUUCAUGAGUAUUUGUUCGAUAUUAUACUUUAAGGUGGUACUAACAAGCGUUUUACCAAAGUUUGCUAAUUAAUCAAAGGCAGGCGCAUCAUUUUGUGGUAGGUAUACGAAGAUGCGUACCGCUUUUGAAAUCAUUUAGUUGAAUGUUGUGUUUCUCCUACUUGGAAAGAGAAAAUAUGUUUGAACUGGGUUUUUUUGGGACCACGUGUUUCAGUUUCACAUUUACUAAUUUUUAUAGCGCUCGUGGGGCGCUUAAUACAUAUGACUUAAUCGAAGACCACGUUUCUAUAAAUCGUCUAUCAAAAUCGGUAAGCAGGAACUUGGUUCUACCCCUGACAUUGCUAGCGUCCGUGAGCUACGUUAACCGUUCACCAAGGGCAUUAAAAAAAACGUGUAAUUUAAAUCAUUAUGACUUUUUAUGAGUGACACGGCGGUUUCAAUUGGAGUUGAAGGGGAACCUAACAAUGUAGAACUAUUAAUGUGAUGUAAUGAUAUUAUAAAGAGUCGAUGAGGAAAAAUAAAGAGGAAAACACUAAGAACUUGUUUUAUGAAUCCAUAAUACUAAGCAUCUUCAGGUUUUUUAUAUAAUUUUUUUUGGCCCUACCUAUUCGCUUGUAGCCUAAGCCUAAGAGGGUUACUCCAGCUUCUCGCGGAGGCUAGGUGAGCUCAUGGACACGCCUGAGAUAAUUUACUAAUACUAGCCCUAGCAAGAGUAGUGCUUCGCAGAAUUUACCGCCGGAUCGGAAUGAUGAACCAUCUAUCACUAUCUCUUAGUACAAAUUUACAUCAUCCUAGUCAUGUCAACGUAUGUAUUACUAUUUCCUAUCUGAUAACAGUUAACAAUGUUAAUGAUAAGCGCGAUUUAUCUUAACGAACGUCUUAUUUCAAAUUCCGCAAAUAGCGUUUGUUCAAUUUUGAACUUUUGUGUCAUUACAGUUGAUAAAUUAGUAAGAUGGUUAAAAGUAAAUUACAGAUGACUAAUUGAUUCUUCUAAAGAGGACACUACAAGACGCCUACAGGCUUUCGAGAUGUGGUGCUACCGUCGCAUGUUACGCAUUAGUUGGACGCAGAGGGUCAGGAACGAAACUGUGCUUCUGCGCGUUCAUAUGUCCCG